AUGCGCGAUAUUGCCGAGAUAAAUCCAUUCCCAGCUGCUGUUAUUGUGCCGCGGUUCUAUCUCGGUAGAGACGAAAAGAUCGAGUCUCUAGCCUGGAAUCGGCUUGCUGUCCCCAUACGAUCUGCGCUGCUGACCGAAACCGGCCCAGAUCUCAAUGCCGCUUAUUCGCGGAUCUGUGAUUAUGCACCUGCAGCAAAUCUGACAGAUUACCUGCAGCCUGACCAUCCGUUCCCCGUCGCAACAAACACCUCACUGGUCUACCAAGGACCCCCCCUGCAACUACUGCUACCAAGUACCUUGUCUUCCCUAUCGCUCUAUCGCUCCUCCAAGCUUCUCGCGCAGCUACUCGCUCGUACUCUUCCGGCAAGCGCUGGUACCGGUACAAACACUCCAUCGUCCAAAUCAAGGCGUCUUCCCAAGCCCGCGGACUCGUCCGACCCCUUCCGAGCAGGCCCCCAAUUCGAAUCCCCCUGCCCUCGUCUCGCCAUCUUUCUCAGCCCCCAGGCCCCUUUCGAACGACACGACAUGAUUCCCUCUCGAGUCGGAGGCCAGCAUUUGCGCUUGGCCGCGUCCCGUCCUAAUCCUGGUUACCGGCCCUCCGCCGCGAGCUUUAAGCCGGCUCGCCGCCCUGCUUCUGGAGGCAGUCGAAACGUCUCAUCUUCAUCUUCUACCGGUGCUUCUGGCUCUGGUUCUGGUUCUGCUCCCAACGCAAAGAUUCCUGCUCGUCUGCCCGGCAUGGCUGAAAACGACCACGACGUUGAGCGCUACCUGCGUGAAAACCACCAGCGUCUCUUUGAAAACAACAAGCAGUGGGCCGACCAAAGGCUCAAGGAGGACCCCGAGUUCUUCACCAACCUGGCUGCUGGCCAGUCGCCCGAGUAUCUCUGGAUUGGAUGCAGUGAUUCUCGAAUCCCCGCCGAGGCCAUCACCGGUCUCCAGGCUGGCGAGGCCUUUGUCCACCGCAACAUUGCCAACUUGGUCAUCAGCACCGACCUCAACGUCAUGAGCGUCAUCAACUAUGCUGUGCGCCACCUCAAGGUCAAGCACAUUGUCGUCUGCGGCCACUACAGCUGCGGAGGUGUCAAGGCCGCCAUGACCCCCAAGGACAUGGGCUUACUCAACCCCUGGCUGCGAAACAUUCGCGACGUCUACAGGCUCUACGAGAAGGAGCUUGAUGCCAUCAAGGAUGAGAAGAAGCGAUACGACCGCCUGGUCGAGCUCAACGUCAUCGAGCAGUGCCGCAACGUCAUCAAGACGGCUGAUGUCCAGCACUCUUUCGAGGAGAACCGAUAUCCCAUUGUUCACGGCUGGGUCUUCAACUUUGAGGAUGGCCGCAUCACCGACUUGAGCGUCGACAUGAAGGAGAUUCUUGGAGACAUUCAGAAGAUUUACAACUUGACCGAGUAAAUGCGACUCUACUGCAUGGAUUUCCUUGGUAUACAUGUGUUCUUUUUUUGGUAUUAUUCUGGAUUUGGAUAAGGAUGCAGCUUGAGGUUUUGGAUUUGGACGUGCGUGGACGUUGUGGUGGGUGACAGGAGUCGAUGAUUAGACACUUUUGUUUGUUACUUUUUGGCAUAGCAUUUUGCAGAUUACGGCCAUGAUAGCCUCAGGGGUGGUGGUGAUGGAAAUGGAGACUUUUUUACCCCGUCUUGCCCACAACCAGCACCAAAGAGAGAUCACCCGUCCAUUCCGGUCCUGGCCAGCCAAUCGCUGCGAGUGAUUAUUCCCAACUGUUGCAUCACCCCCGCGUCUCUGCCCACACUGAACAGGGAUCAUCCCACUGAAAUAAAUUACCGCCUUUUUUAUCUCGCAAGGCUGCCGGAUCUGGACCACACGUGCCCUGUUGCUCAGGAUGACUGGCAAAUGGCCAAAAGAU